GCGCAUGCGCAGUGCUGUACUCCGUGCGGCGUUCUGCUGAAGGGAUGAGAGCAGCGGAUUCAUGAGCAACAGACUCAGAUGCUGAUGAGAGAAGCUCGGCUACACGGGAGACGCAUGGUGUCAGAGAAUGCCACGGCAGGAAAGGAGUUUCCAUUCAUUAACUCUGAGGAAAGGCAUCUUUAUCUUAUUGACUAGGUUUUUUGUUUUUGACUUGAAGUCAUAACUGCAGCUAAUGCUGCAUAACCUGACGUUACAAUGCCAGCGGGGCUGAAUGCGCAAGGCAGCGGUAUACCAAUCUCAGAUGCGAUGGGAUCAUUUAAGAGGAGGAAAAGAAAGUCCAUCAUAGUAACAGUGAUGCUCCUUAUCGUCUCCAUACUCAUCCUGGUCUUUGGUCUGGCCGCUACUACCAGGACUCAAAACAUCACUGUCGGUGGCUACUAUCCAGGAGUCAUUCUCGGCUUCGGGUCCUUUCUGGGAAUCAUUGGCGCCCAUUUGAUAGAGAAUAAGAGGCAGAUGCUGGUGGCCUCCAUUGUCUUCAUCAGCUUCGGUGUGGUGGCGGCCUUCUGUUGUGCUAUAGUGGAUGGCGUUUUUGCUGCAAGACAUAUAGACCUCAGACCACUAUAUGCUGGCCGAUGUGAAUAUUACUCCAGCGGGACUGCGUUUGAUUUAGAUGUUCACUGUCUAACCGCAUCUCGCGUCUCCUGUAACCUGCGCGUGAAGAGCAACACCUGCUACUGCUGUGAUCUUUACAACUGUGGCAAAGAGCAUCCUCUUAUGGGACUUCAGAAUAAAGAUGUUUUGAAAAAAUUUAGGAAAUCCUCCAUGAUUUGGAAUCGAGUGGAACUGCGAGGAGGGUACCAUGAGUACACAGAGGUGCGGAGCUGCCAGGACGUUGUGCAUCUUUACCACCUGCUGUGGUCUGCUACUAUCCUCAACAUUGUUGCUCUGUUUCUGGGAAUCAUCACGGCCGCGGUGCUGGGGGGCUUCAAAGACAUGAUGCCUACAGCAGCACCAGAUUCCUGUGAGCCAGAACCUCUCCCUGUUCCUCCGCCCCAAGAGACUCCUGGACCCACAACAUCUAACAACACUUUUUACAACACUGCCCCCUGCUUACCUCCAUACACUGCCUAUGACCUUCAGUUUCCUGACUCUUCAGGCCUGUCUGAUGACUCCCAGUCUGGAGCCAGUCUCAUGUGGCCAAAUAUGAUCCCGCCACGUUAUUCUCCUCCUUAUUACCCACCUGAUGAGAAGCCCCCGCCAUACAGCCCCUAAGGGACCAGUCUGAGGAAGACAUUUUUCUGUCAAGAGAAAACUGGCGUUGGACAUUUUUGUAUAUUAGUGUCUGAAUGAACAACCUUUGCAGAGGAGGCUCACCUGUGCGGUGGGAUAAGUAUAGAGAGACUACAGCAUUACCCAGUCAUUCAUCAUCAUUCAGCAGAUGUAAUAUGCAACAUUAAGCCUUGAAAAGAUUCUCUCAAGUCAAACCUGAUGUGUAAAAUAUUCACAUUAUGUAGCCUCAAUCCAAGAGGACUAUACCUAAUAACAACUAACCUGACUGUGAGAUCAAGACUCUUCACAGAAAAGCCUUAAAAUGUGUGUCUGCUUCCAGUACAGCUCCACCUGGCUCGCCUCCUCUUCCUGUUAUAGGUCUCCCACUUGAGAUUCCUCUGCAUAAUGUGAACUUCUUCCUUCCAAAGUCGCCUCUGCUCUCUCUGCACGAGGAUGAGUCUCUUAUCUAGCAAUUGAUUUGCACUUUAUUGUCUUCAGAAUUUAUUGUAUUCACACGUUCUAGAUAAUUACUUGAGUUAUUUUUAACUGUUUUGGGCAGCUAGAUUGCAAAGAAUUGUACAUAUAUUUAGGCUGAAUCUUACUUUUUGUGCUUCAUUAGGAUCUAUGAUCUAACCUGUAAAAUAUGGUGUUUCUUCUGCAUUACAUCAAGCACACAAUCAUGUCACAAAUUGGAAUAAUCUUUUGUGACAAAAAUAUCCUUUGCUUGAUUUAUGCAAAGUAAUAAGCUCUUACAUAGUGGUAUGAAGAAUGAGAGGACUUUAAAAACAUAUACACCUCACAUUCGCCUGCUGUUCUGUUGCCGUUGUUUCUGUCUAUAAAUGACAGGACUUAAAGAAUGUAAAAAGGAGGCUUAGCUUUAUAAGUAACUAUUAUAUAAACUUACACAAAUUUAAACACUUUAUUGUUCACUACGUAAUAACAGGAUGUCCCUCCAUAUUGCAAAUAUAUCAGUGUGUGCGCAAUGCUCUACAUGUUGUACAUAUACUGAACAAUCAAACUGCCUUCUCAUAACACAACAGAAUUGAGUCUUAAGACUUAUAGUGUUCUCCUUUUCAUCUUUUUGCGUGCUUACUGUGAAUGUCAAGUCUAUAAACUGUACUUCAUGUGCUUGAUUCAUAUCAAGAGCAUUGUCCUUUACUGAUGUGAGUAGAGAUAUUAAUAUGAUGAUUUUAUUACUUCAUGGUUGACAUUUGGGUGCAACUGGUGGUUGUAGUACAGUCACAUGCUAUAAAGAAAACUCGUAAAUUGGAUCUUUGCCUCGAUUGUUAAUUUUUGACCACAUUCAUGUCUCAUGAAAGCACUUGUUUACAUUUGAUGUUAAAAUCUUAAAAUUAAAGUAUUAGAUAUGUAUA